AUGGAUGUAGGAAAUUGUUCAUCCUUGACUGAUUUCAUUUUCUUGGGAAUUACCAAUAACCCUGGGAUGAGAGCAACCCUAUUUACAAUGUUUCUUGUUAUUUAUCUCAUUAAUCUUUUUGCAAACCUCGGAAUGAUUAUUCUAAUUAGAAUGAAUUCUCAUUUGAACACACCAAUGUACUUUUUCCUUAGCCACCUCUCUUUCUGUGACCUCUGUUAUUCCACAGCAGUUGGGCCCAAAAUGUUGGUAGACCUUCUAGCCAAAAACACAUCAAUCCCUUUCGUUGGCUGUGCUCUGCAAUUCUUGGUCUUCUGUACGUUUGCUGAUUCCGAAUGCCUACUGCUGGCGGUGAUGGCCUUUGAUCGGUACAAGGCCAUUAGCAACCCCUUGCUCUACACGGUCAACAUGUCCAGCAGAGUGUGCUUCCUGCUCAUGGCCGGGGUUUACGUGCUGGCCAUGGCAGAUGCUUUGAUACACACGACACUAACAUUCCAGUUAUGUUUCUGUGGAUCAAAGGAGAUUAAUCAUUUCUUCUGUGAUCUACCUCCACUCUACCUUCUUUCCUGCUCAAAUACAGAGAUCAAUGAGUUGGCAUUAUUCACAUUUUUUGGCUUCAUUGAACUGAGUACCAUUUUAGGAGUCCUUAUCUCUUAUUGUUAUAUAAUCCUAUCCGUCCUGAAGGUCCACUCUGCUGAGGGGAGGUUCAAAGCUUUCUCCACCUGCACCUCCCACUUAACUGCUGUUGCAAUUUUCCAGGGAACCCUGCUCUUCAUGUAUUUCCGCCCGAGUUCUUCCUACUCUCUUGAUCAAGAUAAAAUGACCUCCUUGUUUUACACCCUUGUGAUUCCCAUGUUAAACCCACUGAUUUACAGCCUGAGGAACAAAGAUGUGAAAGAGGCCCUGAAAAAAAUAAAAAUUAAAAGAUGGUUUUAA